AUGGGCCGCUUCACCGAGUACAUCGUCGUGGGCAGGCGUCUCCCUACGGAGAACGAGGCUUCUCCUCCGCUCUACCGUAUGAGCAUCUUCGCGCCCAACGAGACGGUCGCCAAGUCUCGUUUCUUCUACUUCUUGCGCCAGCUGAGGAAGAUGAAGGCAGCCACCUCGGAGAUUGUUGCCAUCAACGCCGUCGCUGAGAAGAAGCCCAUGAAGGUCAAGAACUUCGGCAUCUGGCUCCGUUACAACUCUCGCUCGGGCACCCACAACAUGUACAAGGAGUACCGCAACAUGUCCCGUGCCGAGGCCGUCGAGGACAUGUACCAGGACAUGGCUGCUCGUCACCGUGCCCGCUUCGCGUCGAUCCACAUUCUCAAGGUGGCCGAGGUAGAGAAGACGGCCGACCUGCGUCGCCCCUACAUCAAGCAGUUCACCGCCAACAAGCUCCGCUUCCCCAUCCCCCACCGUCGCCCUACGGCCGCGGGCACCUACGCCGCUCGCCGACCUGCUACCUUCUACUAA